GAAGCCUCCUCCCUCCACCCUUCUUCCCAGGUCUGGGCUCUGCUCUAGGCCUCUGCGGAGCCAGGUGCUCAAGGCCACUGCGGAGCCUGCUGGCAGAGCAGGGCAAAGUCCUGUACUCAGGCCUGGCACGUGGGUGUCAAUCUGCUGGCUUCAGGACAGGUCCCGGGCAGAGGUGGUCAUGCCGGUCCUUAAGAACCCCUACAAAUUGAAGAUGGCCAAGGCCAACAGGGCACCGGGCAGCACCGGGGAGCUGAUCCUGGCCCAGGAGAGCAGCACCAACCCCUUUGAGGAGGAUUUGGAGGAGAACUUGGGAGACUCUGUCCUGGGGGACCAGAACCCCUUCCUGGAGGAGGCAGAGGAGGAGGGUGGUGGCUUUGAACGUGACCUCUUCAAUGGCAGCCUGGACCAGCGCCGGGUGACGCUAGAGAAGCUGGUGGGCCUGUCCCCCUUCCGGCUGGGCAAGGGCAAGAAGGGGGCAGGCAAAGAGAAGGCUCCUGCCGGGGACAGGGAGCCCGACCGGCGCUCCUUCCUGGGCCUCAGGGCCCUGGAGAAGAGGAAGGCGCGGCGCAGCUCCGAGGACUUCAGCCUCCUGCAGCUCUUGAAUGGGCGGCGCAGGGAGAGCCCGGGCGGGCCGGAGAGCUCCCCGGCCGAGCGCGAGGGUGUCCCCGAUGCCGGGAAGCGCAUGAGCUUCCUCAAGCUGGGCCUCGGGGGCCGGGUGCGCCGGGCCUCGCUGGUGGACAAGCCCAGCCCCCCCGAGGCCCCGGAGCCGGCACUCGCCGCCCAGGAGGUGGAGACCGUCGCCAAGACCCAGGAGCCUCUGUCAGUGCUGGAGAUCCUGAACCUGAUCCAGCAGCGGGACCUGCUGGCGGCGGACAAGCACAUCAUCGAGCUGGAGGCAGAGUGCGGGCGGGAGGGCCCCCCGAGCGGCGAGGCUGGGGCUGGCAGCCGCAAGGCCAAGGACGUGGCGCUGCUGUACGAGGCCCUGCUGCAGCAGCUGUGGGCUGUGCUGGCCGAGGCCCUGGCAGCCCGAGGCACCUACCCAUCCCUGGAGCUGGUGGUGCGGGUGAUCGAGCAGGAGGAGGCCGCGGACCGGCGGUGGCUGGAGGUGCAGGAGGGCGGCACGGGGCCCCGGCCCCGGGCCAUGCGCCGCAGAUGGGCCGAGGAAGUGAAGCGGGCGGUGGCCGAGCGGCUGGGCCAGUGCGCGGAGGACAGUGGUGGCCCCCUGGCGGGGCACGUGGAGCGCCUGACCCGCUGCCUGGUGGAGGACCUGAGCGCCGUCAGGAGCCACCUGCUGCCGGCGUAUCCCCCCGAGUACCAGGCCCUGGACGUCUACGCCCGCAGCUACCAUGAGGGGCUGGCGCAGCUGCUGGGCAGCAUCGCCCAGAGGAGCCUGUCCAUCGCCGAGCUCUACUUCCUCCUGGACUGGCACAGCAACACCUACCCCAGGGAGGUGCUGGGACGGCUGGACAUCGCCCCGCUGCUCAGCGCCCACGAGCUAGAGCCCCUGCUGCCCCCCGAUACCCAGCACCGCUUGGAGGAGGCCUGCGCUGCGGCAGUGAAGACCAAGAUCAUGGCAGACAUGAGCCGGGAGCUGCGGGAGGAGGAGCAGCGCUGGGCACAGGAGCCGGGAUGGGACCACAGCCAGCUGGAGCUGUCCAGCCGGGUGAUCUCUGUGCUGAAGGCCCAUGUGGACAAAGCCCCCCAGAUCACGCCGGAGUUUGGGGAGCAGAUAGUGCUCUGCUGUCUGACCAGUCUGGCCGAGUUCCUGCAGAGCUUUCAGAGCAAGGUGGAGCAGUACCACGAGGGGCUCGGCAAGAGUGGCCCCCCCUCCGACAGCUAUGUGGCCAGGACCAUCGCGCUCGUCAACUGCUGCCCCCCCUUCAGGAAAUACAUGGAGCAGCUGGUGCAGUUUGGUCACCCGGAGAGUGAUACCCCCCAGCGCCAGGCCAGCACCGCCUUGGACAAGGUGACCCGGCUCUGCAACCGUGUCCUGGCCCAGCAGCUCUUCGAGGAGCUCCGGCCCUACUUCCCCAAGCUAAUGAAGAGGAAGUGGCUGACCAGCUCGGAGAGCUUCGACGCCAUCAUUGCGCUGCUCACGGACUACGCCCAGAAGCUGCAGAAGAUGCAGCCGGAGCCGUACGAGGUGCUGGUGAAUGAGGUGCACCGACAGGUACUGGUCGAGUACGUCCGGCCCCUGCUGCAGGUCCGGCUCGUCUGCAGCUCAAACAAGAUGAGAGGCAAGGUGGCGGCCCGGCUGGAGGAUGAAGGCCGCCAGCUGCAGGAGCUCUUCAUCCAGCUGAACUCGACCUCGUCCUGGCUAAACGAAGUGGUGCCUCACCUGGCCGAGAUCCUGCGGCUGGAGGACACGCCCUCCAUCCAGAUGGAGGUGGGAGUGCUGGUGCGGGACUUCCCUGACGUCCGGAAGAAGCAUGUGGCAGCCCUGCUGGACGUGCGGGGCCUGCGGGGCCAGGCGCAGCGCCAGGAGAUCUUGGCUGUGGUGAAGGACCUGGAGCUGAGUGAGGGCAAGGUUCCAGUGUGUCGGGAGCGGGCCUUCUUCUCGGAGAUCCCCGCCGCCCGUGAGGUGCAUUGCUUCAGUAGGGUCCUGCCACGCCUGCCGCCCAUGCACCUCGCCUGCCUGGGCUGGCUGCACUGGGGGUGCCUGGGCCCCCCGCCUGACACAUGCCAGCCCCAGCCCAGCGAGCACGAGGCGGAGACCUAGGUGUGAGCCAAGCCCCUCCGGGACCCAGCCCCUGAGCCGCCCCAGGCCAGGCGCCUUGUGCCAGUGGGCAGCUCCCUGUAUCCUGCUGGCCUGGGGCCAUGCCACCCAGACUGCACCCAAAGACCCGGUGCCGGCAGCCAGGUGGGUGAGGCUGGGACACAGGCAUCCAGCCCUGCUGCCUGUGAGCCCCCCUCAGGCCCCAGUGCUUCGGUCCUGAACUCACACUGGUGCCCAGUGCUGCCCCUAAGCAGAGGGGUUUCGGAUGUUCAUUUAUGGCAGCCCGCCCCAGAGAUGCACCUGGGCCCUUUGCGUGGGGCUGCAGCUGCUGGGGCAAGGCCAGGCCUGUGGGUGGGACAUGCUGGGGGGGAUAUUUGACCCUUUGUGCCCACUGGCCAUGCCACCUUCCCCUGGGGCUGGCAGCCCUGCUGCCCUGCUCCCUUCCGGCUGCCCCAUCUCCCAGGGCCCACCAGUGGGGUAAUGCCAUACCCCCAGGGCCCCUCCUGGCUGUGACCUGCCAGCCCCCCAGAGGAUCUAGCCACCACUGACCCCCUGAGCGCUGGGCAGAAGCUGCAACUGGGUCUGUGCCAGAGCCCUGGGUGCUGGAGCCAGGUGUGGUGCCCGCCCCCACGUCCCCACAGCAUAGGCCCAGGGCAGGAAGGAACUCAUUUCACCCUGGGGGGGCCCUCUGCACAGCCCCUCUCGCCAUGCUGCCCGGGGUGGGGGGCGUGUCUGGCUCGCCUAGGGCUCUAGUUGAGUCUGUAACUGUAUGAUAAGGAAUAAAACUUAAUU